AUGGAGUAUUUGGAGAUUAAUGAAACUCGUCGUUUGACUGAACAAAGAGAAUACCUAGACACUUUCAACUCUUAUUUAACAGCAAUAGAAAAGCACCCAUCCGUGAAAAUAUAUAUAGAAUACGAGUUCCGAGUGGUAUUGGCCAAAUUAAUGGAAGUGUUGUUCAAAAUGCCACGACACAGCUUCAAAAUGAUGAACUGCGUGCGUUAUGCCUUACGCGCUUUUCCCGGUAACAUCGUUCUACUGACUGACAUCGGUGACAUCUUUUACAGCUACGGUAUGCAUGCCGAAGCACUGAUUCACUACAAAAAAGCUUUUAACUUCGAUUCGUUCCCUGUAAAUGUUGAAAUGAAAAUAAACUAG